AUGUUUUGUUCUAAAUAUGUAACAACGAGAAACAGUCUGCUAAAGUUACAGACUUGCACAAAGUAUAGCAGAAAAUGUCUAUUUGGUAGAAGUAAAAAAAGCGAAGUCGUUGAAAAAAAAGAUAAGGCCUCGUUAACAUCUGAAGAAAAACAAUUGAACCUGGAUAAAGAGAGCCUGGGAUCAAUCAAUUAUAACAUGGGAAUGUUGAAAAAGAAUAUGAGUUUGACAACGAAAAAAGGUUAUAAGCCUCCUGAAAAUGUUGAAGAAAUCAUUGAGAAAGUCAUCAGACAAAGGGAUGAUGGUUUAUCUACUGAUUGGAAGAAUCUACCACUCAACAACCACAGCUUAAAAUUCCAGAUAUUGUCAAGCCUUAUAAAAGAAUUCAACCACGAUAUAUCAAACAACGAGCUGAACAACAUGAAGACUCUGUCUGAUGCUGUUGAAUACUUUAGCACUGAAGUUAAAGAAACGUCAACAUAUGAGGAUUUGGCUUCUGGCAAAAAAACAGAACUGCCUAAAAAUUUGCACAUCCAACUUGAACCACUGAGAUUCCACCCUGAGAAAGAUACCAUGUUUGAGGGAAGGACAGCAUUCCCGGGCUCGAAUACAAUCGUCAGCAGUCUGAAGUAUAAAAGAAAGUAUCAGGGCUACUCAACAAGCAGAGAGAAACCAGGCUUCAAUGAUUAUUAUUACGACUACUAA